AUGGGGAGCAAAAGUCAAGUUUACAAGCUGCGCCCUCUUGGGUGGGAAAAUGACCCAGAAGAACACCGUAUACCUCUGACCAUUUUCGACUACGCCGUCCCCAUGUCGUAUCAUGCGUGGGCAGUCUAUUUCGAACUGGAUCAUCAAACCAGCCCCGCCAAGGUUGUCGAUACCCUCAAGUCAGGCCUCGAGAGAACGCUUUCGCAAUGCCGGCAACUCGUAGGCAGACUUGAAAUCGACACUACAGGCGACGGGGAUUAUUCCUUUGUGAAGAGAAAGGGCGAUACUGUCGACCUUAUUGUCGACUACUGGGACAGCGGAGCCGUCCCAUCCUUUGAAGAAAUACGAAAUGCUCACUAUGCAAGCAGCGUACUUGGUGAUGUUGGUCGUUUUGGGGCCCCGGGAAUGGAAAGUGGCCAUAAACCGGGUUGCCACCCUGAAAAUGACGUCAUGGGCUGGUACUGGAGCGCCCACCAACUGGCCGGCAAUUGCCUGGCUACCAUCAACGGAACCGAACCUCCUCCUUGGGAUCCUGCCACUAUUACCGAUGGCUAUCGCUUCACGCCCAAGUUGCACACAGCCCAGACGCGGGCGGAAGAAGCGCAACAAGGCGCCACUGCGGGGUCGGUUUCACAUUCGACCAAGCCGGCCUCGUCGUUGUUGUUUCACCUCUCACGAAGCAAAGCGGACGGCUUGAAGGGACUGGCCACGGCGUCUCGUACCGCUUCUUCAGAUGCCUCAUCGUUGUGGAUCUCUACAUACGACGCCUUUGUUGCCUGCAUCUGGCGCACCUUGACCAAGCACCGCCGCGGCCUGUACCCCGUCCAAGACGACCACACCCUUCUGCUGACCGAAGCCAUCAACCUCCGUUUCCACAACCGCUUGGUUCCGCCCGUGGCUGAAAAGUACCUGCGCAACCUUUUGUGGUCGGCCAAAACCAGCGACCACUCGAGCCGGUUGACCGUGGCACAGAUCGCCGAGACGCAGCCGCUGGGUAACGUGGCCGCCCGGAUCCGCCACCUCACCUCGAGCGCGACGCAGCCGGUCAUCGAAGCCGGCCUGGCGCAGCUCGCCCGGCGCGACAGAACCAGCCGAGCCAGGAACAUUGCCCAGCUCCCGCCCCUGACGACGGUGGUGACCGACUGGCGUCGGGCGAGCUUGGAGGGCUGCGAUUUCGGGUUUGGCCGCCCGUCGGCUUUUCGCUUCCUGUCUCGGACCGCCUCCGCGUGCAUGGUCAUCGUCUUCCCGCCGCGUGUCGACGGUCCGCUGGGCGAGGACGAGGGGCCCGAGCUUGCCGUGUCUGUUGAGGAUGAGCUCGUCGAUGCGGUUCUGGACGAUGCAGAGUUUAGUAGAUACUUCGAGUUCAGGGGCUACGAAGUGAGGGGACAAGGGUUUGGUGCACGGGUGAAUGUGUCUCUUGGAGGUGCAGUAUAA